GAAAUUAGCUCGCGUCUAUAUAAAAUCAUUUAGUUUUUAAUAAGAGGAGUAUAUCUUUGGUUCGCGCUUUUAAUGAUUAGAAAUGGCUUCCACGUUUUCAAGAUUUGAAUGCAUUGAGAAGCCUCUCGACAUCGCUAAAUAUCUGUUUGAACUUGAAUCAAAUUCCGGAAACCAGAUGGCUGUUGAUCAGGCUGACGAGCCGGUUGAUAUUCCUGCAUACUUUAAAACUAUUUUCGCGUCUGAAGAAAGUGUCAACCAGAUACCUUCGUUGAAUGAUGUUUCAAAUGUAUAUGAUAUUCCGCAGAAUACUCUUAUACGGUUUCGCUCUAUGAUUCAGAAUACUGGAUUUGGGCAUGAGGUGUUCGUUAGUUCUUAUGAAAUAAUUAAUCGUGAUGGUGUAAAGCAAAGGAAAUUUCAUAAAUAUUCAGAUGAGAUUAUCUUUAAGGAUGAGAAUUUGAACGAUAUGCUAGAAUGUAUAAAUAACAAAUUUAGCGAGAGACAAUUAUUUUAUUGUACCUCCGUACCCGGAGAAACAUCAUGGGCCAAGCAAGUUUAUAGGCAACAAAAUCGGUUUCAAUCAAGCUCUGAAACAGAUAUUGAAGACAUAGUAAUAUCAACUGCGAAUAUUAAUUUGAAUAAUGAAAAAGUCAAUAUUGAUUUGAAGGAAGUCGCGUCAAAAUAUCCAUUUCCGAAAGAAAGUCAUAUGGCAGCUAUUGUUAAAAUUUAUGAAAAAGAUGAUUCGUUGAAAGUUACGGAUGUUGUUGAAUUUAUUGGAGUACUUAAUCAUCCAAGGAAAGAAGCAAAAAAUACAAAUGAAUUGCAAUGCAAAGAAUUUAAUGUGUCUUGUGAAAAUACCGCAUCAUACUGUAUUCCAAGUGUUCAUGUAAUAUUUUAUAGAAAGCUUCAUCCAACAGGAAAUCCACUAAUAUCUUCUACUACAAACUUACUUGUGUCACCAAACGACGCUAUGCAUAUUAGAAGCGCCUUAAUUCAUUAUAUUGCUUCAGCAUUUGGUGGGGAUGAUUUAGUGGCAGAAUUCGUUUUGCUACAACUUUUAUCACGAAUACAUCUUCGGCAAAAUGGUCUGACGCUUGGAAAAUUCGUAUUAAAUAUCAGCAAUUUACCUUGCAAUAAUAUAGUAAAUGAGAAUACGCAGAGCCAUCAUUUAUGUCUCGAGCACAAUAAUUCAUUUGCAAAACGCGUAGCUUCUAUUCUCGCUUCACUUUUACCUAAAUACCAUGAUCUUCCACUUACUUUAUCUACUCUUAAUGAAAUAUUUUAUUUCCCGCAUAGUAAUAAUGAUCUAGAUUCUGGUGUUUUACAAGUCAGUCAGGGUACAUGGUUUUUAGUUGAUGAGACAGUAUUAAAAGAAGGAAAAUUAGGUGACAUUGGGGUCCGUAAUUUGAAAGCUUUGAACGACAUAAUGGACCACCAGAAACUUAACUACAUGUUUCCUUUUAACAAUUAUGAAUUCAAUACGGAUAUUGGAAUAAUUAUAUUAUCCAAUGCAAAAACAUUUCUAAGUUAUGAUUGUAACAUUCCUCUUAUUCAAAAGUCAGAGAACACAACAAUUUUAGAUGUGUCGGAAGAUAUGCUGAACCAAUUCAGGAACUAUAUUAGUAUUCUUAGAUAUAUUGAUUUUAAUAUACCUGAAGAUAUUUCAGAUUAUAUUCAGGCAGAUUAUGUUGCUCAAAGACAGAAUGCUUCAAGGAAUGGAACACCUUUGAUGACCCAACAAGACUUAAUGCUACUACUAAACCUAUCAAGAUUUGUUGGUCUGAGUUUUGGUUCGUUGAAAUUAACUAAGGAAUUAUGGGAUUAUACCAAAAAAUUGGAUGAAGCUAGGAGACAUCGUAUCAAUCAAAAAGCGUAAAGUACAUAUGAAUUUUGUAAUAAA